AGUAACGUAAGUUUAGCACUGUGUUAUGAAUGCCGCAUCGCGAAUACGCCGGUGGCCCAUCAACUCAUCGCCGUCCCUUCCCCGCGACAUAUACGUACUCAACGUCUUUUAUCAUUUUUUUUUUCUUGAUGGCGCUCGGAGAUUGGGAACGUACAGGUGCAGUGUGGAUACAAAUCUUCGCAACAUAAAGAGGCCGACAUUGGAUAUUUGCUUGUGAUUAUCAUCCGGAUAAAUAUGACCCUGCUUUUGGUUCUGAUAUCGCCGUUGCUUUUGUUUCUUACGCUUCGAAUGGGCUCGGGAUUAGUGCAAUGUAGAGAACUCGAGGCGCGGAAAAUGGACAAUAGUCGGCGAAUAGCGAACAUAACAGCCGCCAUUAAGGACAUGCUGGAAGACUAUGAUAUCAGAUUGCGGCCCAGAUUUGGAGGUCCAGCCAUUGACAUAGGUAUAGACAUCGAGAUAGUAUCAAUAAACAGCAUUUCAGAAGUUAAUAUGGACUACACAUUAACCAUGUACUUCCGGCAGCAUUGGAAAGAUGAACGGUUGUCGUAUGACCCUUGCCUUGGCAACGUCUCCCUCAGCGGUAUACUAGCGGAACGCAUCUGGGUACCCGACACUUACUUCCCCAACGACAAGCGUUCUUUCGUCCAUGACGUCACAGUCACGAACAAACUCCUUCGUUUCCAUCAUGACGGCACAAUCACAUACGGCAUGAGGAUUACAAGCGUUGCUUCGUGCUACAUGGAUUUAGUGCAUUACCCUAUGGACGAACAGAACUGUUCCCUCGAAAUUGAAAGUUAUGGUUACACAACAGCAGAUGUCAACUUUGUAUGGCAGUAUGGAGACGAUUCAUUAGAGGGCGUAAACAAUAUCGAAAUGGCUCAGUUCACAUUAAGCGACUACAAACUCAUAGUCAAAAUGCAGAAUUUUUCAACAGGUUCAUAUCCUCGACUGGCGUUGACGUUUAGGAUCAAGCGAAAUGUGGGUUUCUUCUUCCUUCAGACCUACCUUCCAUCCAUCUUACUCGUCAUGUUGUCCUGGGUAUCUUUCUGGAUCAACCAUGAAGCAACAUCAGCCAGGGUUUCACUGGGUAUAACGACCGUCCUGACAAUGACCACCAUCAGCACGGCGGUUCGGCAGUCGCUGCCCAGGAUCUCGUACGUCAAGUCAAUCGACAUCUACGUCAUCACCUGCUACUCGUUCGUGUUCGCGGCCCUGGUCGAGUACGCCAUCGUCAACUACAACUACUGGCUGGAGCAGAAGAAGAAGGUGAAGGAGGCGCACGGCAUCAAAAACAACCCUACGCAGAACAGCAAUAAUAAAAAACCGCCUGAAGUAAGAUAUGACCAGUUACAGCAGUUCAACCCUCAGGUUGCACUACGGCUUUCCCAGGUCGAUUCCGAAGACGACAUCCUCGAAGACGAUGAAAUGAAGAACAGCAUGGGUAUGGACGCCCUCAACGGUAACGACCGCGGUCAUCGCCGAACGUCGCUGACGUAUAGACCGCAGCACCGGACCAACGCCCAAAACAACGCGCGCAAUAACACGGCAUACGGACCGCGUUACACGAACGUCAACCCGAGCAUCACUAGACGUCGAAAAAAGAAACCGAAGAGGAUCCGAGUGUUGCCGAGGAUCCGAAAUGUAAAUACAGUCGACCGAGUGUCGCGAAUCCUCUUCCCGUUUUUGUUUUUAUUAUUUAAUGUAUUAUAUUGGGUCGGGUAUCUCUACGUGUUGCCUAAUAGGUCAAAAAAUGAAUAGUCGUCAUACAUAUAUCAGCAUUAAAUAAGUUACAUGUAUUAGAUACAUUAUAUCUUCACAGUGUAGUUAUUUUAUAGUCGGAGCAACGAAGCAAUUACUCGGUUUUCUUUUUUUUUUUUACUUAUGAAUUACACUUAGCCUAAAGUAUACAUUACAUUGCAAGUUAGAUAUUUUAUACUAUCAUACGAAAAAAAAAUCAUAAACAUCCAUAAACAUGUGAAUGCAUGUUUAAGAAAAAAAAAACAUUAUUGCAUACUCCGUACUGUAAAUUCUACACCAUAUAAUAUUUGCGGUAUCAUUGUUUUCAUUUCAAUGAUGGAAAAAAACGCUGGGAUGUGUACUUGCAUUAAUCUUGAGUGUAUUUCGGAACUUGACCCCAUGAUAAACUUCCUACGAGUGUACGUUUCAGAUAUGGAUAUGUGGAAUAUAAUGUUGCCAUGGUAACAAUAUUAAGGUAAUAAUGUAUGCAUACUUAAAAUGUGCCACCCUAAAAAUAUACCAAUGCUCUUGUAACUCAGUAGUUUUCAGCUAUUUAUUCCCAAUUACAUUUAGAUUACAUUCCUCCCAUUAUGUCCAUUCGGAUGACUAUGCUAUGCCAAUGUUAUACCAGCAGGUGGAUAUAUCCCAAAGGAGAACAUAUAGGGCAGAGAAGGAGGGCGAAAAAAGAGAGUUUGGGAAGCAGAAGAAAUUGAAAGAGAUAGAGAGGGGGAGAAACAAAGACAGGAGAAG